UUACUCUUAAUUUUAAAAUAAAGAUACGAUUAUUUAAACUGAUAUUUAAAUCUGAACAAAUUUCCUUCACAAAAAUGCGUGAACCAAUUAACAAUAGUAAAGAAAUACCACAAAAAACUUCUCUUCAAAAUAACUCUAAAUUAAUAAAUGGAUUUAAUGAAAAUAAUAUAAACAGUGAAAACAACAAUUACUCAAAUAAUUGUCAAAAUAAUACAAAAUUUUCUUUUAAAGAAUCAGGGAGCAAUCCAGCUAAACAAACACGUCGUCCAUUAACUGCACAACAAAAGAGUCCCUACAUCAGCAAUUUUUGGAUUUCUGUACGUUUAUCCAAACUAGGAUAUGUAGUUGAUCCCGAUUUUAUGUAA